GAUGAUCUGAUGGGCCGCAAACGCAAUCUCAAAUGUAUCCUGUGCAGUACGCACCUUUCCCUGGCGCUCAUAGAGCAUCCAAAGGAGCUUACGGAAGACUCACUUACAGCCAUCAUAAUGAGCUAUAUGUUUACAUACGUGUUCGAAGGCGAACAGGUUUUAUAGGAUACCAGAUUGAUGCUGUCGCCUCAAAGUCAUAUCAGCGACUUUCAAAAGAAAAUAAAUCCACCAAUAGCCCAACUGGAUCAAUGCCUCCGCAGAUAAGUAUCAAUAUCCUUCCAGCGCAGUCAUAUCAACCGUCAAUUUCUUCCUCCUGGGGUACUGACGCAAAUCCAAGUACUGUCCAGAGACAAUGUUGAUAUUUCCGGACUACUUGAUCUGGCACUGGAAGGAUCUACUGAUUAGCAUCUGGCACGAGUGGGCGCUGAGAGCUUCAAAGCAAACAUGAAGGAAGCGCGUGAUAUAUCACUGGACAACUGUCUCAAUCAAAGAAAUCCAUGUCCCAGACUGCUUUGUCAAAUAGGGGUGGAAAAUUGGUGCCACGCGCAGGUUCUUUAGCGGCAUCAGCCUCUGGCUCGAGCAUCACGGGCAAAUAGUAAGGGGGGGAACCAAUACUGAUAGAUGUAUGCUAC